GGAAAUAAGACCAAUCAGUGGGAAGGAAACAUUGCGUAAUAUCAAUCAUCACGCUGUCAAAGUGUGCUCGCGCUUGCGGCAGUGUUGCUGUUUUGAGACAGAAAAGUGAAUACAAUAAACGGACUGGGGAUUUAAUCUAACCGUAAUAUACAAAUUACUACUAGUUUUAAAUAUGAUAACUUUAAGAGCAGGGACAUACCUUGCUCCCAGUAUUCCUGUGGAAUAUUUUCAAAUGAUUCUUCAUUAUUUAGAAGAUAAAUUAGGAAUUCAUUCAACUCUUCUUUAUGAAUCAAGAUGGGAAGGACCUCCUCUUGAUAGAGAAGAUCCAUUUCUUUCAGGAUAUUUAGAUUUAGCUUGGAUGACUAAUACUGUAUAUAGCAAACUACUUACAAAUUCAAGUCCUGUAGAACUUCUUCCUGUGGCUCCAUUACAUAAACAUGCUCAUAAUGGUCUGAAUUCUGCUUUAUAUGUUGAUGUUAUAAUGCAUAAAGACUUGAGUGAAAAAGUAAAGGAUUUUAUUGAUCUCCGUGGUUGCAAAUGGGCUUACAGUAAUAAUGAAUCUCUGAGUGGUCAUACUAUUACUCUUUCAAACUUAAAGGAGCUUGGUGAAAAUGCUUCCUUUUUUGGAAACAUUUUAUGUUCAGGUUCCCACCUGAAUUCUAUUAAAAUGGUAACAAUGAAAAAAGUGGAUGCUGCUGCAGUUGAUGCAAAUUGUCUUGCUUACUUUUUGGACAGUAAUCCUCACUUGGCCAAAGAAGUUGUUGUUCUUACAACGUGGGGUCCAUUGCCUCCAUACCCUCUUGUGGUAAACUCUAAGUUAGAUAAUUCAGUAAAAAAUGAUAUAGUAAAAUCUCUAACGCACAUGCACAAUGAUGCUGAAGGCAGACGCAAAUUACAAGAGUUUCAAAUUCAAAAAUUUGUUCCUGUUAGUUCAAAAGAUUUUGAUAAAGAGUUACUUAUUAAAGAUAAUACAAAAGGACUCAGUUUUGGUACAGCGUAUUACUAGGAAUGUUUUGUACUUAUGCAAAGGUGAAAAAAUUAACUGCCCGGUCAGAGUUUUGCUGUUUUUGAGAGAUUAUCUUGUGGAAAAAUCUUGCACAUUGAAUAUAUAUUUUAUAAAAAAUUUUUGUAUUUGCAAUUUAUUUUUAUAAUUUUGUUUAAAAAUAU